AAGGGAAGGACGGAGAGAAAGUCCCUCCCACGCCCCCCUCCCCCAAGUUUAUGAUGGGGGUCCGGAGGAGCAGCUCCGCUCCGCAGCAACCGCUCGCCUGCUGAAAACUUGCUGCUCCGCCUUUUGGGGUUGCUGAGCUGGAAGAUGCACGCCUAAGAUGGAAACUUCUGCUUCAACUGCUGCUGGGAAAAAAGAAGGGAAAGGUGCAGUUCUGGAGGGGAAUGGCUUUACGGAGACGGGGAAGAAACCCACUCCUUUAGCAGCUGCAGGAGCAGCAGUGGCACAAGGAGUGCCGCAGCACAUUUUUCCGGCCUUCCACGCUCCUUUGCCAAUUGACAUGCGCCACCAGGAAGGACGAUACCAUUACGAACCUCACUCUAUCCACGCUAUCCACGGGCCUCCUCCUCUGAGCGGCAGCCCCGUCAUCUCCGACAUCUCCCUCAUCCGCCUGUCUCCUCACCCCGCCGGGCCCGGCGAGUCGCCCUUCAGCCCGCCGCACCCCUACGUGGCACCCCACAUGGAGCACUACCUCCGCUCCGUCCACGGCAGCCCCACGCUCUCCGUCAUCUCCGCUGCCAGGGGCCUCAGCCCCGCCGACGUGGCCCACGAGCACCUGAAGGAGCGAGGUCUCUUCGGGCUGCCCCCACCACCACCGGGAGCCAACCCCGCCGACUACUACCACCAAAUGACGCUGAUGGCCGGCCACCCGAACCCCUACGGGGACCUCCUGAUGCAGAGCGGGGGAGCAGCCAGCACAGCCCACCUCCACGAUUACCUCAGCCCCGUCGAUGUGUCCCGGUUUUCGAGCCCGCGGGUGACUCCAAGAUUAAGCCGAAAACGAGCCCUGUCUAUCUCCCCGCUGUCUGAUGCCAGCAUUGAUCUCCAGACGAUGAUCAGGACCUCCCCAAACUCUCUCGUGGCGUAUAUCAACAACUCCAGGAGCAGUUCAGCGGCGAGUGGCUCCUACGGCCAUUUAUCUGCCGGGACAAUCAGCCCAGCGUUCAGCUUCCCCCACCCCAUUAACCCCGUGACGUACCAGCAGAUCCUGACCCAGCAGAGAGGCCUGAGCUCAGCCUUUGGACACACUCCUCCCCUGAUCCAGCCAUCCCCGACCUUCCCCCCACGGCAGCACAUGGCGGUCAUCUCCGUCAACCCGCCGCCGGCGCAGAUCAGCAGCAACAGCAACUGUGUCUCUGACUCCAGCCAGAGCAAGCAGAGCAGCGAGUCGGCCGUGAGCAGCACAGUCAAUCCAGUAAUUAACAAGCGCAGCAAAGUCAAGACUGAAGUCGAGGGCUUGCCCCCAGCGUCCCCAACCACACAGGAGCAUCUGACAGACCUGAAAGAAGAUCUAGAUAAGGAUGAAUGUAAACAGGAGCCUGAGGUUAUUUAUGAGACGAACUGUCACUGGGAAGGGUGCACAAAGGAAUAUGACACUCAAGAGCAGCUCGUCCAUCAUAUCAACAAUGAUCACAUCCAUGGGGAGAAGAAGGAGUUUGUCUGCCGCUGGCAGGACUGCACGAGGGAGCAGAAACCCUUCAAGGCUCAGUACAUGUUGGUGGUGCACAUGCGAAGGCACACCGGAGAGAAGCCACACAAGUGCACGUUUGAGGGUUGCUCCAAAGCCUAUUCCCGCCUGGAGAACUUAAAGACACACCUGAGGUCCCAUACUGGAGAAAAACCCUAUGUCUGUGAACACGAAGGCUGCAAUAAAGCCUUUUCCAAUGCCUCGGACAGAGCCAAGCACCAGAACAGGACACAUUCCAAUGAGAAACCCUACGUCUGUAAAAUCCCUGGCUGCACGAAGCGGUACACGGACCCUAGCUCCCUCAGGAAACACGUCAAGACCGUGCACGGGCCUGAUGCCCACGUCACGAAGAAGCAGCGCAAUGAUGUUCACCCGAGGCCACCUCCGCUCAAGGAAAAUGGGGACAAUGAGGCAAGCGCCAAGCAGAGCAGCAAGGUUUCAGAGGAGAGCCCCGAGGCCAACAGCACCACGAGGAGCAUGGAGGAUUGCUUACAAGUCAAAACGAUAAAAACGGAGAAUUCUGUGAUGUGUCAGUCCAGUCCUGGUGGCCAGUCGUCAUGCAGCAGUGAGCCGUCACCCCUUGGCAGCACCAACAACAAUGACAGUGGAGUAGAAAUGAACAUGCACAGCGGCGGAAGUCUGGGAGAUCUGACGGCGUUGGAUGACAACGCUCCUGUUGUGGACUCAACAGUCUCAUCUGGUAAUUCGACAGUCAGCCUGCAGCUAAGGAAACACAUGACGACGAUGCAACGACUUGAACAGCUCAAGAAAGAGAAACUCAAGACAGUUAAGGAUUCCUGCUCAUGGGUGAACCCAGCUCCACAAGCCAGAAACACCAAGCUGCCUCCCAUCUCAGGAAACGGCUCUAUUCUAGAAAAUAGUGGUGGUUCUUCUGCUACGCUGCCUAAUCCCAGGAUAAUGGAGCUGUCUGUCAAUGAGGUUACGAUGCUGAACCAACUCAACGAGCGCCGUGACAGUACGACAAGCACUAUCAGCUCCGCCUACACCGUCAGCCGCAGAUCAUCAGGGAUCUCCCCAUACUUCUCCAGCCGCCGUUCCAGCGAGGCUUCUCAGCUCGGGCACCGUCCCAACAACACGAGCUCUGCUGACUCCUAUGACCCAAUUUCGACGGAUGCGUCCCGUCGGUCAAGCGAGGCAAGCCAGUGCAGUGGGAUGCCGGGUCUGCUGAACCUCACGCCAGCUCAGCACUACAGGCUGAAAGCCAAGUAUGCUGCUGCCACAGGGGGCCCUCCUCCGACUCCCCUGCCGAACAUGGAGAGGAUGACCUUGAAGAACAGGAUCUCACUUAUGGAUGGACCAGACCCCACCUUGCCCUCCAUCCGCCUCCCACCAGGUCCCAGGCGUUGCAGUGAUGGUAACACCUAUGGCUACCCGUCAGCUGCAGCAUUUCCCCACGAGGUGCCGGGCAACUGCACCAGGCGGGCGAGUGACCCGGUGAGGAGACCUGCUGGAGAGCCCCAGGCCCUCCCACGAGUUCACCGCUUCAACAGCACCAACAGCAUGAACCCCUUCCAUCCUCCACAGGACAGGAGGAACUUCAGCCUCCAGAGCUAUGGUCGCUCAGACGGGAGCCUCCCCCGGCACACCUAUUCACCUCGGCCACUGAGCAUCAGCGAAAACAUUGCCAUGGAAGCCAUGUCCGGGGAGGCAGAGGUGCCCGUUGGAGAUGAUGACAUUAUGCUGCCAGAUGAUGUGGUGCAGUACAUCAAAUCCCAGAGCAAUGGGACAGCAGCCGAGAGCACUUCCAUGGGGUACAACAAUGAGAUGGCGAGCUUCCAGGGAAGUGGGAAGCUGCAGCCUCCAGCCUUGCCUGGCCAGCGCAGGAUGGCAGUGGCUGAGGCGAGCAUGAGCCAGUUAGGACCCAUGAUGACAGAGUGUCCCAUGAGUUUUGAUGCUUCCUCAGACAUGAAUAAAAAUAACAUGCCCGUCCAGUGGAACGAAGUCAGCUCGGGUACGGUUGAUAUGAUGUCCAACCAGUCGAAGCAGCAGUUUUCGCAGGGGAACUUAGCGGUCGUCCAGCAGAAGCAGAACUUUGGUCAGUACCAGAACUACAACCAGCAGCAGAUGCAGCUGCCAGAGAACAAUAUGAACGUAACACAGCAGAGCUUUAUGCAAAGAAAUGUGGGCAUGGAUGGGCAGAGGCUGAACUGUAUGCAGCUGCGGCAGCAGCCGAUGAGCCUAGGCCCCGGUAUGAACCCUGAUCUGGGCUUGCACACAGGGUAUAACCAACCUCAUCAGAUGCUGAGCCCCAGUGCAAUCAGUGGCAACCCCAAUCAGAUCUCUCCUUCUUGUAGCAACAUGGCAGCAAAGUCUGGACCCCACCUUCACCCUCAGCAAAUGGACAUGGCGACUGACCCUUCUUUAAUGGUUGGCAGCAACAGUGAGCGCACGAUGAUGGGCCAGGUCAUGCACGAUCCAAGUCAGCAGAACUACUCAUCUCAGCCGACCCACCUGAACUUCCCCAUGGCUCAGGAGGCCUAUCAUCAGCCCGUCAUGACCUCCAACCAGCCCAGCUUUGAGCCUCAGCAGAGCAUGAUGGGCUCAGCCACGCAGGUGUAUCCAUCCGGCAUGGUCCAGCCUCGUCCUCCUCCGGAGCCGAGCCCGGCCAACAGAUCCCGAAGCCUCCGCACCGUCCAGCAGCUGGGCUACAUGAGAACUCCCCACCCGCCAAACACCAUCAGCCCGGGCCAGGAGGCGGCGGAGGCCGCGCAUAAAAGAACCAGCGACAUGUUGCCGGCGCCGGCCCAACAGUGCACAGACGGCACGAGGGACAACAAUUUGAUGUACUAUUAUGGCCAAAUCCACAUGUACGAACAGAACAGCAGCUUCGAUAAUCAGGCGGACUGCCGGGUGAGACAGCAGCAGUGCGCACUGAACGGCAAGCCGCCCGCCCUGCCCUCCCCAGGGGCCAACCAGGUGUCCAGCACGGUGGACUCGCAAGGCCUUGAGCCACCCCAGAUAGAUUUUGACGCCAUCAUGGACGAUGGGGACCAUUCGAGCCUGAUGUCGGGAACCCUGAGCCCCAGCAUCCUGCAGAACCUCUCCCAGAAUUCCUCUCGCCUGACGACUCCACGAAACUCUCUCACACUGCCCACCAUUCCCGCGGGAAUAAGCAAUAUGGCGAUAGGCGACAUGAGCUCCAUGCUAACCACGCUGGCGGAAGAGAGUAAAUUUCUGAACAUGAUGUCAUAACAGUAAAGCACAAGGCCUUAGCGCUAUCCAAGGGGCUGUGUGUGAAGCAGUUUGAUGAAUGUGCUUUUCAAAAAUAAUCUGUUUCAAUAGAGUAGACCUUUUUUUUUUUUUUAAUAAGUAUUAAAUACAUUAAAGGGAUUCAAAAUGAAAAUUUUAAAAAGUUUCUGUACAGAACUAUGUAAACUAUAUCCAGGCAGUUCAGCACCUUGUGGGUGCACUUCUAGUGUUAUUUUUUGGCUUGGUUACCCAGAGCACUGAACAAUAUCACCACCAAGCUAGGAGACUGCAUGAGCGUGGUUAGAGAUGAAACCCUCCCUCCCCGGCAGCCCUGUAAAUACCACUCCCCAUCAUUUUCCGUUAGGUACGUUGGCAAAAAAUUCCAUUUUUGACCCACCCCAGAAAGAAAUGGGAGGAUGCGGUUUUGAUCAGAAUAAAAGCCAUACUAUGUAUUCUGCUCUGAUGAGAGUAGGCUUUAGUUACGUCUCCAAACAAGCCCUCUGCCAGCAGUAUUGUUUUAUACCAUAAAUACCUUUGUACCUUGCAAAGAGCGUUGAUUCCAAACGGCUUCUCAGCAAAGUGCCUUACCCUGCUUUCGUGUUAAGUAGCCAAGGCCUCUCUUCCUUUAAAAAUCAAAUAUAGUGUAUUGCCAGAAGCGUAUAUAAAAUGUACAUUUAUAAAAACAUAGUGGUGUUUCUGAGAAAACAUUGGAAAGACACAUUGAUGAGACACAUAAAAGGUGAAUGCACACUUUGAUCAGAUGUGUUUACAACGUGGUUUAUAUCAUGUGCAGAGUGGAGCAGAGGCCUGGGAACAGCAAUCACUGGGAAAUAAUCCCCCGUGGCAGGAAGGCUCCGGCGUGCAGACUGACACACGCGCAUAACUUUGCGCCCUCUGAGCGCAGCGACUUUCUGCAGGAGCAUCUUUCAUGUCAGGUUUCUGAAGCUCACAUUACCAUAUCCCCGUGCGGCUUUGCAGCGCCUUCUCUUUCUGUUGGGUUUUCCACGCUAAGGUGCUCACAUUCAAAAAGUGGUGAUGAUGGAGAGGGUCUUAUGAACCUUCCAGCCCAGUCUGCUCUGUGGCAGCAUUGUGGGAGCUGGUUUGUCUGUCCAGGGUUCAUCUGUGUCAUAAGCGUGAGCUAAUACACCCUGCCAGCAGGCUUGUUGGCAUGUACCCAGCACUGCAUUAACAUGUCCCACAGCUUUGGCCAGCAUGAAAAGAGCUGCUGUAUCCAAAAAACAUACCAGGGACAACCCAGGGCGUCAGCUUGGCUGGUGCUUUGUGCUACUCUUUGUACCCAGCCUUGUGCAAUUCAGUGCUGCACCUGCAGCCUACAGCAUAGGCAAAUAACUGGAUAGUCUCAAAGCAGGUAUUUGAGUCAAAAUAGUAGCUCAGUCAGUGAGAAUCUCUUGGAAACAUCCUUGGGAAGAGAUGGGAGGAGCAGGGCCUCCCGAAGCCAAAUCCUCCACUAAAAUAUCACUGCUUAUAAUAAAAAUUGGCUGUUUCCACACCAGUCCCACCUGGCACUUAAGUCAAUCUUUGUUGCAUUAUUUAUUUUUACUGUCGUUAGACAAAAGGAUAAAAGUGGUGGGGUGCAUGCACUUGGGCAGGAGGCCUUGCUUAAUUUCUGAUUGCGUUGGAUAAGGACAGCUCUCCUCAUCCUGUUCCCAUAGCACCAUAUACUUUGUACCCAGUAUGUCGAACAGCAAGGGACAAAUGUGACUUCCCCCCAAGUUCUCAUAGUUUGACCGGACAAGCAUCUGCAGAGCUUCACUCUCUCCUUCCCAUCUGCCCUCUGCCCCUCAUAUCGAUGUGAUGUUCUCAUCUGUGUCCAACUCCGACCCCUGCAUGGGAUACGGGUGGCUCUAUAAGGAGCUUUCUGGUAUCCCUGCCUUCCUUUUGCACAAACAGAUGUCAGGCUCUCUGUUCCCAGCAUGACUGAAACUAGCAUGAAAAUGCCACAUGUUACCUUCAGGCAAACUUUGUGAUCUCAGAUACACCAGCAGCCGUGCUUGGCCGUGGUGGGUUGGGACAGUCCUGCUGCCAGGUAGCCCUGGGUACGGCCGGUGCAGGCAGGAGCUGCUCAGCAUCCUGUGGUCUCACCCGUCCUCAUCCCAAAUGCAGAGGGUGUGCACAGGACACUCUUCACCCCUUGAGGCCCCCAUGGCUCCUGCUGAUGUCCAGGGUGCAUGAGGACAGGAAAGCAAAGCAAGGUGCCUGGCUGUUUAUUUGUGUCUCCUGUGAAAGUUGUGUUGAAAGGGAUUGUUUUAUAGUCCGCUGUAUAUAUUCUCCUGCAGUUACUGACCUUGCCCUUGCCUUUGCAUUUACGAAAAGAGGGCAGUACAUAUUUUAGGACAUUGUAUGUUGUCCUUGGAUGCUUGGAGUACAACUGGGCAUCCCUUGUGCAGAGAUGGAUCAGGCUUUUGUGUGUCCUUCAACUGCUAACCUGUUUUUUUCAACAGCUGCAUAGGGCAACAAUGGCUACUGAGUCCCUCUUCACAGAUAUCUCGUUAGCAAAAGAUCAAAUACAAAAGCAAAACCAAAUCUCCAAUGACUUGAGAUUUCUCAGACUUUCCAGUGGUGGUCUUCCUUCAUUUACUGAAAAAGUAUUAUAAUAACCAUUCCAGCACUGUAUAUAUUAUGUAUAGAAGACAUCAUUACUAAAAGUACUGUAGGUGAAUUGUUCUGUCAAAUUUAUAUCUUAAGAACAUUUUUAGCUGUUUUCUACAUCAUAAGAACGGAGGUAACAUGCUGAACCUGUAUAUAAACCUUUUGUACAUUAAAAAGUAAUUUAUUUCAUAA